CAACAACAAAAAAGACUUCCAAGUGGACACGCUUAACCGUUUUUUUUUUUUUGCCAAUUUGCCAUUAUUCUGGGCUGGAGCUACCCCAAGAACCCAAAACAUCUGUUAAAUGUUUAGUCAAGUGACUGCUGCUAUUUGUGUUUUGAUACGGCAACUGAGAGGCUGCGGAGUGGGAAUCCUCGGUUAGCUCUUGGAGAUUGCACGAAAAUCAGCGCCAGCGUCAGCAAAAGUCUCAGAGCGACUUCGUAUCAGCUGCGGAACUGAACCGAGAGUUGGGCAAUCGCCACCCACAAAUCAAAUACGUCCAAUCCUUAGCGAAUUGUUGGCAUGGCCAGUCCCAGAACGCGUAGGGUGCUCCAGGAGCUGAAGCCGCAGGACGAAAAUUCGAAAUGCUUUGAGUGUGGCACCCACAAUCCGCAGUGGGUGUCCGUGACCUAUGGCAUUUGGAUCUGCCUGGAGUGCUCCGGGAAGCACCGCAGCUUGGGCGUUCAUUUGUCCUUUGUGCGUUCGGUGACGAUGGACAAGUGGAAGGACAUUGAGCUGGAGAAAAUGAAGGCCGGUGGUAAUCGCAAUGCCCGGGAGUUCCUUGAGGAUCAGGCGGACUGGAACGAUCGAGCCCCAAUCACCCAACGUUACAACUCCAAGGCAGCGGCUCUUUACCGAGACAAGAUCUCCACCUUGGCCCAGGGCAAGAGCUGGGAUCAGAAGGAGGCGGAGGUGCGGCUGAGCAGCUCCAACAGCUUUAGCAGCGGUGGGGGCUCUAGCUCCACCCAGUCGCGACCCAGUGCAACAGGUUAUGGAGGAAACGCUACGAGCGGUGGAGGCUAUCAGAAUGGUGGUGGAGGGAGUGGCGACCUUGGAGGCUAUCAGCAGUACCAGACCCAGGAGUUUAAGGAUCAAAAAGAGGAGUUCUUCAAUAGGCGUCAAGUAGAGAAUGCUUCUAGACCAGACCACUUGCCACCGAGUCAGGGCGGAAAAUAUGCAGGUUUCGGGUUCACUCGCGAGCCCCCACCAAAAACGCAAUCUCAGGAGCUCUUCGACUCGACCCUGUCCACCUUGGCUUCCGGUUGGAGUAUCUUUUCCUCUAAUGCCUCUAAAUUGGCCAACACGGCAAAGGAGAAAGCAGUAACCACAGUCAAUUUGGCCUCAACAAAGAUUAAAGAAGGCACGUUGCUAGAUUCUGUUCAGAGUGGUGUCACAGAUGUGGCCUCCAAGGUCACCGAUAUGAGCAAGCGUGGAUGGAACAACUUGGCGGGAAGUAACAUUUCUUCCCCCCAGGGCGGUUACAACGAUCCUAAUUUCGAUGACAGCGCCUACCAGCGCUCCAAUUCCGUGGGCGGCAAUCUCGCCAGUGGACUGGGCCAGCAGAGCGGCGUGAGCGACAGCGACUGGGGUGGCUGGCAGCAUGAGAACGCUGGAAACAAGACGCAUCUGACUAGCUCCAGCUCGUAUCACAAUCAGUUGAGCAGCAACAGCGGAACGGCCACUGCUGGCGUGACCAACGAUGCCGACUGGUCGGGCUUCGAGUCGUCAAACUACCAGAGCUCAGAGACCUCUUACCAGAACGCCCCGUCCGGUGGAGCAACUACACGGCGAAACAUGAAGCUGCAGGACACGUCGGCCAAGCUGAGUGAGGGCUUCGAGAACCUGGACGUGAAGAAUGUCAAAUCCAAACCAGGAUCGACCGGCGGCGGCAACAAGGCUAGCGCCGAGGACGAUGCCUGGAACCUGUUGAUGAACUAGAUGGCCGAACAAUUCCACAGAUUGCAUCUUGUAUUCCCCUCAGUUCGUUGUGUUUCAUUUGUUAUGUGUCUUUUCAUGUGAGGCGGCGAAGGCUGUUGUGCGCGCAUUUAAAAUGUAAUUAACUGAAUGUAUAUUCCCAAGAACUAUCCGAAAGCUACGAUUUCAUACAAAAAAGUGCAACACUGCUCCAAAAUUCAAUUCCACAGUUUAGACCAAUUUUUGUAUAGAACUACUUAACGAAUAAUUUAGUUUAAAAUAUAUAAACAGCAUUCUGCAGAUUGAGAGGAGAGAAAAUACAUAUGUUAAAAAGUA